AUGGCUCCCAAGAUCGCAAUCGUGUUUUACUCUCUGUAUGGCCAUAUCAAGAAGCUUGCGGAAGCUGAGAAGGAAGGCAUCGAGUCCGCUGGGGGCAAGGUUGACCUGUACCAGCCUUUCUUCUGGGCAUUCCAACCCGUUACGGCAAUUUUCCGCGCCCAAUGGAAGACCUUCUGGGAUGCCACAGGUCAGCUCUGGGCCUCCGGCGGUUUAUGGGGCAAAUACGCAGGUACCUUCCUCUCUACAGCUUCUUUAGGCGGGGGUCAAGAGUCUACCGCCCUUGCGACCAUGAGCACACUCGCUCACCACGGUAUCAUUUACGUCCCCUUUGGCUACGCCAAAGCUUUCGCUGAACUCACUGCUACUGAUCAGCUGAGAGGCGGCGGCCCUUGGGGCGCGGGCACGGUUGCAGGUCCGUCGGGUGAAAGACAGCCGAGUGACCGGGAACUGUUCCUCGCGAAGGAGCACGGAAAGUCAUUUUAUGAGGUUGUCAGCAAAGUCAACUUUUGA